AGGCUCUCCGCCGGGGUCCGCACCAGGAAGGUGGGGUUGGACUGGCCGGAGCUGGAACCACAACACGCACAUAUGAGUGAAAGCAGAAGCAGCAGAAGCCGGUCAUCAUGUCCACCGUGGAGGAGCUGAAGCUGCGGGUCCGGGAGCUGGAGAACGAGUUGAUCCGAUGUCGGCAGAAGUGUUCUGGAGCCGAGCAACCGGUCAGAGAGAAGAUCCACACCAUGAGCUCGGAGGUUGUGGACUCGAACCCCUACAGUCGCCUGAUGGCUCUGAAGAGGAUGGGCAUCGUGAAGGACUAUGAGAAAAUCCGGAGCUACACGGUGGCUGUGGUUGGCGUGGGCGGAGUCGGCAGCGUCACGGCGGAGAUGCUCACCCGGUGUGGCAUCGGUAAGCUGCUGCUGUUCGACUACGACCGCGUGGAGCUAGCCAACAUGAACCGACUGUUCUUCCAGCCGCACCAGGCUGGCAUGAGCAAAGUUGAGGCUGCCGAACACACACUCAGGAACAUCAACCCAGACGUAACCUUCGAGACCCACGACUACAACAUCACCACCCUGGACAACUUCAACCACUUCAUGGAGCGAAUCAGUCAUGGGGGACUGGAGGAGGGGUCCCCCGUUGACCUGAUUCUGAGCUGCGUGGACAACUUUGAGGCCCGGAUAGCCAUCAACACGGCGUGUAACGAGCUGGGCCAGGUGUGGAUGGAGUCGGGCGUCAGUGAGAACGCCGUGUCGGGACACAUCCAGCUCAUCAUCCCCGGGGAGACCGCCUGCUUCUCCUGCGCGCCCCCCCUGGUGGUGGCGGCCAACAUCGACGAGAAGACCCUGAAGAGGGAGGGGGUGUGUGCGGCCAGCCUGCCCACCACCAUGGGCGUGGUCGCCGGCAUCCUGGUGCAGAACGUACUCAAGUACCUGCUGAAGUUCGGCGUGGUGAGCCACUACCUGGGCUACAACGCCAUGCAGGACUUCUUCCCCAAGAUGUCCAUGAGGCCGAACCCCCACUGCGACCACAGCCACUGCAGGAGGCAGCAGGACGAGUACCAGAGGAGAGAGGCGGAGCAGCCCAGAGAGGAGGUGGUGGAAGUCGAGGAGGAGGUCGUCCAUGAGGAGAACGACUGGGGUAUCGAGGUGGUGUCGGAGGUGACGGAGGAGGAGCUGAAGGAGUCCUCCGGGCCCGUCCCAGAUCUCCCAGAAGGCAUCACUGUAGCCUACACCCUUCCUGCUCAGAAGGAUUCGGCUGAAGGGGCGAUGGUGCAGGAGACGGAGGAGAGCCUGGAGGAGCUGAUGGCCCGCAUGAAGCAGAUCUGAAGCUAGCCGCUAGAAGCUAACGGCUAGCCGCUAGCAUCGACCACCCCUUGCUGACCACCUGGAGCAUGCCCGUGGCUAACCUGGUAAGCAUUUCCCCAGAAAGCCCCCAGCACUUCCAGAGAAAUGUCGUCUCGAAGCAGCUUUUGCUGAGCUACUAGCAUCGUCCAUUAUGAGUUCCAGCAGAGCUAAACCCAUUAACAUGAUACAGGUAACAUAUACGUGCUGUAGAGUCUUAAUACUAAUAUCAUAAACUCUGUUAAGUGUUUUGUUCAUGGAGAUCUCCUCUGUAACAUCACAUCAUCAAACGUCUUUCAAUAAAAUAUUUAUUUGAUGGAACAAGUUUCCAAACUGCAUAUACAUUUUAUACAUGAUGGAUCCUUUAAUACAAAACCGUGAUCACAUACGACUUAUCAUCGAGUAACAAUAUAAAACCGUACCAUAGUAGUGAAGCUAAUGUGGCACUUCAAACAUGAUUCAUUAUAAAAGGAAUACAGUUUAUUUGGCAUAAGGCAGUGAAGCCCAGAGACUAGCAUCACACGUCCCUGAACAAAGAACACAGAAUAGUGCAGACCGCAGUGAGUACCGGGAACGGAGCAGAUACAACCAGCUGCGGAACACCCUGGUGAUCCACCCACCACUAAUUAUUUUAGUUUCUUUCUGUAGGUUAAUUACCUCGCAGUUACUUCAGUCUUUCCUUUCCGUUAGUUACUAGUUACUUAAAAGGUACCUCUCAGUCUGGCCAUUCAGUACUAAU